AUGAGAAAAAUUGCAUCUUUCCCCAAAUCCAAUUAUCUCUCCACAGUGAAAAACAAUUCAAAUUCUCACACGCAGAAGCUUCGUUUCUCAGCCAGCUCUAAUGCACAAUACAUCAAACACCAUAGCUACAUCGGCCUGCUCCACGACCCCUCGCGAAUCGCAACGCUCAACGAUGCGAAGCGCCUCCACGGACUCUCCAUCACCCUCGGAUCCUUCCCGACGCAGGAGCCUGUCUUCCUCCACAACAACCUCAUCGCGAGGUAUGCCGCACUGGGGGAUUUUUCCAUGGCACGGAAACUGUUCGACGAAAUGCCGCAGAGAAACGUCGUGAGUUAUAAUUCCAUGAUUAGUUGCUAUGUGCGGCAAGGGCUUCUGCUGGAGGCUUUUGGGAUCUUUUCUCAGAUGAGAAACCGCGGUUUUCGGCCGACGGAAUUCACGUUCGGAGGCUUGCUAUCGUGUCGUUGGAUGGAUGUGUUUGAAGGAAUGCAGCUGCAGGGAUUGAUUGAAAAGAGUGGAUUGCUUUACAUUGACGCUUUCGCUGGAACUGCGUUGCUGGGAAUGUACGCGAGGCGCGGUCGCUUGGAUGAAGCUCUUGGGAUUUUCGAAUUCAUGCCGAUAAAGAACUCAGCUUCGUGGAACACUUUGAUAUCUGUUCUUGGCCAGAUGGGAUGCGUGCAAGAUUGCAUUUUGAUGUUUUCCGAGAUGAGAAUGAGUGGAAUUCGAGUGUCUGAGUCGACUUUCGUUACUAUUCUAUCAAAUUUGCAAGAGAUGGAUGUGGAUUUAGGGGAGCAAAUGCACGGUUUAGUGGUAAAGCAUGGAUUUGAGAAUGUAGCUUCGGUUUACAAUUGCCUGAUUCAUAUGUAUGUGAAGUUCGGCUCCUCAUUCUCCGCUGAGAAAGUGUUCGAGACUGCUCCUGUAAAAGAUGUAGUCUCGUGGAACACGAUAAUUGGCGCCAUGGCAAAUGGCGAUGAGCCGACAAGAGCACUCUGUAUCUUCCAAGAAAUGAGCGCCACUGGUCUUGCUCCGAACGAUACUACACUUGUCAACGUGCUCCAGUCUUGCUCAAGACUGCGCCUUUUGUCGCGUGGAGAAUGCAUCCAUGCUGAGAUGAUCAAGAAGAGUUUCGAAUGCGAUGUGGUAUGUGGGAGUGCUUUGGUUAGUUUUUAUGCCAAGUGUGAUAAAGUGGAAGAAGCACAUUCUUGUUUUGAUGCCAUAACUCAUAAAAAUUUGGUUUCUUGGAAUUCUUUGAUGUUGGGGUACUCGAACAGGGGCUCUUCGUUUACAACGAAGAUUCUCCGAGACAUGAUCCAUUCGGGUUUUUACCCGAAUGGAACGUCUUUCUCUAUUGCUAUUAAAUCAGCAAUGAUGAGAGAGUUGCCACAGCUGCAUUCUCUUGCAAUCACAAUGGGCUACAACGACGUUGCUCAUGUGUCGAGCUCUCUUAUACACUCUUAUGCGCGAAAUGGCCUAAUAUCCGAUGCUCUGCGAUUUGCAGAGUCUGGCAAUGGUAACACAAGGCUUUCCGUUGUUCCUUCCAAUCUAAUUGCGUGGAUUUAUAACCGGACCGGGCAGUAUGAGAAAACUCAGGAGUUGUACGCUAAAGAGGAGAAUCCAGACACUGUUUCCUGGAACAUUCUGAUUGCUGCUUGCUCGCGCAAUGGCGAUUAUGCAGCAACAUUCGAGCUCUUUGAUCAAAUGCGCAGAAUCUCCCUAGUGUUCCCGGACAAUUACACCUUCGUUAGCCUCUUCAGUGUUUGCACCAGGCUCUGCAACCUUGCUCUAGGCAGCUCCCUUCACGGCCUGAUUGUGAAGGCGGAUUUCAGUCUGUGCGACACGUUCGUCUGCAACACGAUGAUUGACAUGUACGGGAAGUGUGGGAGCAUUGGGGGCUCGGUCAAGAUCUUCAACGAGAUGAAGGGGGAGAAGAAUGUUUUCUCGUGGACAGCUCUUGUCUCGGCCCUAGGGCUGCACGGGUAUGCAAACGAGGCUCUGGAGAGAUUCGGGGAGAUGGAGGAAUUGGGGAUCAAGCCGGAUAAGGUUGCUUUCUUGGCGGUGCUCUCUGCUUGUAGGCAUACGGGAUUGGUGAAGGAGGGGAUGGAUCUGUUUGAGCAAAUGCGAGUGAAGUAUGGCGUGGAACCGGACAUUGAUCACUAUCUUGUCGUUGUCGACUUGUUGACAAGAUACGGGCAUAUAAAGGACGCUGAACGGCUCAUCUUGGGAAUGCCUAUCGCGCCUAAUGCGAUGAUUUGGCGUAGUUUCCUCGAGGGCUGCAAGAGACGAAGCGCGGCCGGAGAGCUUGCUCUUGCAGCAUAAACAUUAGUUUGGGAAAUUUGGAGUGUAUAUAUAGUAGUAGGAGUAGUAUAUAUUUAUGUUCUUUAUUUACAUUACAUUUAUACUCUUUCAGCUUAUGAUGCAAACUAAUAUUUGUGGAUUAUAAUUUGGGAAGUUCAAAGUUUGAACACAUUCA